GGAGUUUUCUGCGCUGCGGGAUUGGCGAGCGCCCCCGUGGCCGGUGUCUGAGGAGCGACGCCGACAUGCGGCCGCUGCUCGGCCUCCUCCUGGUCUUCUCCGGCUGCACCUUUGCCCUGUACUUGCUGUCGACGCGACUGCCCCGCGGGCCGAAACUCCGUUCUCCCGAGGAGCCCGAAGGCCGGUUGCUGUGGUUCCCCUCAGACCUAGGAGAACUGCGGGAGCUCUCGGAGGUCCUUCGGGAGUACCGUAAGGAGCACCAGGCCUAUGUGUUCCUGCUCUUCUGCAGCGCCUACCUCUACAAACAGGGCUUUGCCAUUCCUGGCUCCAGCUUCCUGAAUGUUUUGGCUGGUGCCUUGUUCGGGCCAUGGCUGGGGCUUCUGCUGUGCUGUGUGCUGACCUCAGUGGGUGCCACAAUCUGCUACUUGCUCUCCCAUAUAUUUGGUAAACAGCUGGUGAUCUCCUACUUUCCUGAUAAAGUAGCCUUGCUGCAGAGGAAGGUGGAAGAGAACAGAAACAGCUUGUUCUUCUUUUUACUGUUUUUGAGACUUUUCCCCAUGACACCCAACUGGUUCUUGAACCUCUCGGCGCCAAUUCUGAACAUUCCCAUUGUGCAGUUCUUCUUCUCAGUUCUUAUUGGUUUGAUCCCAUACAAUUUCAUCUGUGUGCAGACAGGCUCCAUCCUGUCAACCUUGACCUCUCUGGAUGCUCUAUUCUCCUGGGACACUGUCUUUAAGCUGUUGGCCAUUGCCCUGGUGGCCUUGGUUCCUGGAACUCUUAUUAAAAAAUUUAGCCAGAAACACCUGCAGUUGAAUAAAACAAGCAACACUAACCACAUUAGUAGAAAAGACACGUGAGCAGGUUUUCUGCGUGCUACAGCUCUGGACUCUCUGACUGAUCUGUGUGAUGGGCAUUUUCCUUUAAAGACCCUCACUGUUUUUCGGGUACCCUCAACAGGUGAUAUGGACGCUAUUCAUCUGUGUGCUGUGUCUUGCCAAAACAACCCAAAAAGGCACACUCUGGUCUAAAAAGUGAACCGUAUCCUGUUCUCAGUUUGGCACUGGUUUAGCUGGACUCUGUGAAAUGGAUGAAGUGGAUUGCUUCCUAGAAUUCCUGUUUCUGUUUCAUGCCAUUACAAAGGACUCUGGAUAGUCUGUUGGGUUUGCCUUUGCACACCCCUGGGUGCCUUGGGAGAAGAUGCUGGUUGGCUUUGUCCAGAUUUCCUCUUGCAAAGUAACAGGUUGCGUGACAGGUGUUGUCCUGUUCAGUCAUGUGGAUGUUAUUAGUAUCACUGCUUCACUCUUGAUAUCAUUAAUGUCUCCAAGAGUGUUUCUUCUGUUCUUUUUUGCUGAUGAUCUACCUCUUUCAUAAGCCAAGGGAAACAAACUGACCAACUUCCUAGGACUCAUACAUAUAGCUCAAAUGCACAGUGAUUUCUGUGAUGCUCUUGUAUGCAGACACACUGAUGUUACCCUGUAUGUCAAAUCUUAUGGUUGCAAACAGACUAUUAAAUAUGAAUGGAACA